AUGGAUUUGUUCAAGAAAUGUAUGGAACCUGUUGAGAAGUGUUUGACGGAUGCUAAGAUGGAUAAGAGUGUGAUUCACGAAGUUGUCCUCAUUGUGCAAGCUGUUGUUUUGAGUGGUCAGGGUAAUGAGAAAGUGCAGGACUUGGUUCUGUUGGAUGUCACUCCUCUGUCCCUUGGUGUUGAGACAACCAUUCCCUUGGGAAUGGUAUUGCUCCAGCACCUGCUGGUGUUGCUAAGUUCACAGUAUGUUUUUGAUAUGGAUGAGAACGGUAUAUUGAAUGUGUCUGCCGAGGAGAAGAAAACAGGAAACAAAAAUAUGAUUACCAUUGAAAAUAACAAAGGGAGGUUGUCGAAGGCUGAGAUUGAGAGGUUGGUUUUAGAGGCUGAGAAAUACAAGUUAGAAGAUGAAGAACAUAGGAAGAAGGCCGAGUCAAGAAACUCCUUUGAGAAUUAUGUAUGCGAAAUUAAGGACAUGAUCAAUAAUAUCGGAGGGAAGCUAGCAUCUUAUGAUAAGAGGAAGAUCGAGGAUGCAGUCAACAAAGCCGUUAAGUGGUUGAAUAGCAAUGAAUUAGCGGACGUAAAUAAUAGCACCAAGCAGAUGAGGGACUUGGAGAAUGCAUUCAACCCUAUCAUGGCAAAGAUGUACCCGCGGGGUGGUGGCAGGACGCAAAAUUGA